AUGUUGUUAAGUCCAUUUUGGAACUAUUUAUCCUUAUUUUUUUCUAUAUUAUUGGUAAAAUCCAAUGGUGUGGUUUGCAUUGAACCAAUUAAAUAUAUUGAGUAUACAGGCAAUAUAAAUGACGAGCUAAACUUAUAUAUGGAUGAAUUAAUAAACCAAAAUGAUAAUAUUAAUUAUACAUUGACACUGACAGUUAAUUUAGGUGGCAAUAAUUUAAUGGACACAGUAGAAUUAGGACAAUUCUAUAACCGAAAUACCAUAAAUAACGUGAUUAAAAUUAGAAUUCCGAAUGGUUCAUGCCAGGAUAAUACUUCAUUGUGCUCUAUUGAAAUCUUAUCUGAAGAUACAACAACCAAGAAAUCCAAAAAAUUUUAUUCGCAAUUCUUUCAAUUAGUGAAACAGACCGAAUAUGAUAAUGUGGAAAAUUCUAUAUACAUCAGCUUAGUCAAUGAGCAACCAAUAGAAGAAAAAGCCCACAAUUUGAUGGUUUUUACAAAAGAACCCGAAUCGGCAAUCACAGCUUCCGCCCAUAGUACAGACACUCCAACGAUAUUAUUCAAGAACACUAUUACAAAUCAACCAAUUUAUGAAAGAGUGCCAAUACUUACAAAAGAUUUAGAAGAAUUACCUAAUAAUCAUAACAUUCAAGAUAAAUCAAUCGACACUCUUUUAAAACUAUAUAGCACAUAUGAUUCAGAUGUUAAAUUUCCUCUGACUGCAAGAAGACUACAUCAUACCAAUAACUAA